AUGGCAUCUGGUGGCUCACCAUAUGAUGAUUAUAAAGCGAGGAAUUCUGAUUAUAAGCCAAAAAGCAAUAGAAAACCACCACGAUAUGGCACGAGUUUUGAAGCGGAACUGAGUCUGAAUUCUGAAAUACAAAGGAGUGAAAAUGAAGAGCGAAGGUCAUUACCAAACAAUCUGGUACGCGUGUCUCUUCUUUAAAUUCUUUGCUUAUUUUCAGUAAAUACUUAUUCACAUAAAUGAUGUUGUGUUAUUUGGCCUGUUAUUUGACAAGCAUCGCUAGAAUAGUUGCUUUUGGGUGCAUGUUUCAGAAGUGGAGUUUCUAGGAAGCGGAUUACACAUACAUGCAUAUACUGUACCAGGCCUCGAAUUUCCCUGAAAUCAAUCGACGGCAAUGGCGUUAAAAAUUGCCGUAGAACGUAACAGCUAUCUACGGCAAUUUUGGCAUUUUCCACGGAUUUUUUUAAAAUUACUGUAAUAAAAAUCAGUUUAAUUUUAUUGUUACUUUGGAUUUUUAAAAAAACUAGAAACAUGUUUACGUAUUUCUUCACGUAUUUUUUUCGAAGAAAACUGAGGCUAAAAUAGUAAUUUACUCAAAUUUUGUAUCAAAAUAGUAAUGCACAGUGAAUAGUAUAAAAAAUUAUACUAUACGGCAAAAAUUUCCGUCGUUGCCGCAAUGAUCCACGGCAUUUUGUUCUCCCUCUACCGCAAUUACCGCGAUAAAAUUCAAGCCCUGUACUGUACUGUACAUAUAUAGUAUUUAACAAAGAGGUCAUUCGUCUAAAUUAUGUAAUGUAUUUUCAAAAUGAGAGUAUAUUUAGACCAAAACUUGAAUUUUCCACUUAAGCAAUCUAAGUGCAAAACAAUUGCAGGAAUUGGUUUGUUUCUCUAGUUAAACUUCAGAUAAUCAAUUGAAAUCUGUGCUUGAUAUUUAUUCAACUUAGACACACUCAAUAGGAUUAGGUACAGUAGGGGCCUGUCAAUGCCAUUGUCUGGAAAUGCCAUUUCAGAGGGUUUGAAUUUCAGAGGCUUUAAAUUUCAGAAUCGCGCGCAUAUAUAUAAUUUGAGUGUGACGUCCUGCAAAUGUUCUUUUCUUUCCUAAAAGUCUUGGACAGGUGGUGAAGGUUCAAGGGGGAAAAAACAAUCUAAAACUAAAGGAUCGCCAGGUGAUCAGUUUUCCUCAGAUGGUUCUCCAACAAGAUUUACACGAAAGAAACACACUCCAGCAACACUUCCAAGAACGAAAUUCUCUUCAUCUGCAUCUGGAGCAGCUCAGCACCGUGCUAUGCAUAAACUCAAACAACAGCUUACGUUUACUAGUGAAGACGAGGUAACAUUGUGGUGCAUAAAUCUUUCCUGUUAGCAGUUUACGGUGGCGCCUCAUUAAGAUUAAGCAGCGGUCACAAUGAAAUUAUACAUACGUCAAGCUUUUGCGUACGUGUCUGAUAACUCAAUAGCUUUCCUAAACUUUCACUUAUAUUUAUGUUUUUUUUAUUUCGGGAACACUGGCGAAACCGGUCUAUAAAUAUAAAUAAUUUACACUUAUGAUGUGACACCAAGACCGCUGUUGUUUUUCGAGCCGAGUCUUAAAUUUGCUAUAAAAGCCUUAGUUAAACUUGGUAUUAUUACAUUUUUUGCUAUUAUUACAUUUUUUGCUAUUUGGCCUUUGGGCUUUGUUAUUUUUCCAUCGGAAGAAUAAAAUAUUGUAAUUUUGCCCAUGGCUAAUGGCAUUUUUUGUGGGAAACAUCCCAAUAUCGCCUCUUAUAGACCUUUUAAUAAAAACGAAUAUCGGCACUUGUCUUACUCUAAUUAAUUCAUGACGAAUUUUAGACGCAACGUAGUGAAGAGCAACGGUCGAGACAAGCACCUCCAGUUGACAUCCCUGUGAAUAAUGAAAGAAAUCUUCAUCAACAAUCUCCAUCAUCACGAGGAACACCAUUGAGAAAUCAAGAGAAUGGCACUGGAGUAAAUCCCUUACAACUUCCUAAUGCCACAAAUUCGUCUAAUCCAGUAAGCACUUAAUUAUUGUAUACUGAAUGCCUUAUUUGAUACGCUAUACAUUCUUUGCUAUAGAUUAAACAUCCGGGUUUGAUUAAUCCAAAGUGAUCAGGGGUGGAAAAAGUAACAGACUACUUGACCAUUAGUCCCAGAAAAUUUUCUGAGUUCCCAGAAAAUAUUUCCCCAAGAAAGAAAAAAAUUGUAACAAUUCAGAUAAAAGGAGAAAUUCAGAGGAAAAUUCACACCAUGACCUCAGAAAUGCUGUCUGUGAAUUAUAAGUGCAACCAUCUUAAUAAUUAACAAACGCUGAAGUGAUGGCUGUGUUGAGAAAUUUGGAUAACAACAAAGCUCACGGCCCCGAUGGAGUUCCUGCGCGACUACUGACAGAAACUGCGUUCCAGAUCGCUCCUUCACUUUGCGCACUCUUCAACAAAUCAUUACGCUGUGGCAUUCUUCCUGAUGAUUGGAAAUUAGCUAAUGUCGUACCUGUGCAUAAGCGAGGUGAGAAAUCCUGCGUAGAGAACUAUCGACCAAUGUCAUUGCUUUCACUUAUCUCUAAAGUACUCGAACAUUGCGUCUUUAAUAACAUCAAACAUCAAGUAUUCCAACAAAUCAACCCUUGUCAACACGGAUUUGUGCCAGGAAAAUCGUGCGUAACGCAACUUAUUGAAGUAUUUGAACAGAUAGGGCGCAAAUUGGACAAUGGUGAACAAAUAGACGUGAUUUACUUAGAUAUGUCGAAGGCAUUCGAUAAAGUAAGUCAUACUAAGCUUCUUCAUCGACUACGCGAAUUUGGGUUUCGAGGAAACAUCCUGAACUGGUUCUCAUCGUAUCUCAGUAAUCGUCGUCAGCAAACAACGGUUCAUGGGGCAACAUGAAGACCUUUAGCCGUAACAUCCGGAGUGCCGCAAGGUUCGAUACUUGGCCCAUUGUUGUUCCUAUUGUACGAAAACCACCUCCCCAACACCGUGAACAAUUCAACUAUCGCCACCUUUGCGGAUGAUACGAAGAUAUUCAGAACCAUAAGCUCCACAUCCGAUGCAUCCUCGCUACAGGAAGACCUUACGAACUUUGAAGUGUGCUCCAGCAAUGUCAACCUGGAACUUAACGCUGAAAAGUGCAAAAUUCUAAGAAUUACCCGAAAGCAGAAGAAGAUAGAAUACCCUUACAAGCUUCAUAACAAUGUCUUAGAAAGCACCGAGUUUGAACGCGAUUUGGGAGUGUGGACUACAUCUAACCUUACCUGGUCAAAACAUGUUGAAUGUCAAUGCACACAAGCAAGUAAGAUGUUAGGAUAUAUAAGAAGAUCAACACUUGACAUAAAAACGUUCGUCGCACCCUAUAUUUGUCCCUUGUCCGUUCCCAACUAUGCUAUGGCUCUCACGUCUGGGCUCCCCAAUCAGUCAACUUGAUCAAGCGCACGGAAAGAGUACAAAGGCGAGCAACCAAGUACAUUCUGGAUCUUCCUUUCUUCUGUGAGGUCAGUUACAACCAGAGACUUGAUAUGCUAGAUAUGAUUCCUGUAUGUUACUGGCACGAAUUUCUUGAUAUGAUUUUCUUCUUCAAAUGCAUUCAUGAGAUGAUAGUCAUUUACGACCUACGACCUACUACCAACAAUCCAGAAUAGAGAAAGAGCUACAAGAUCUGCUGAUCCGAACUGUUUGAUGUUUACAACAAAAAAUGCAAGACCACAACAUACCAGAAGUCAUUCCUGACGAGAUCAACGAGAGUGUGGAACAUUUUACCAAAAGACUUGACAGAUAAAAACACUACAUUUAACGGAUUUAAAAGCGGACUUCUCAAACACUAUAAAUCUGCCUUACGAAAUGUUUACAACGCAGAGGAUCCUCGAACUUGGAAAUCUAUAUGUUUGUCUUGUAAUACGUCUCGUAACCUGUCUUGUCCCAUAUCGUGCUGUUGUUAGUUUUUGGGGGAAGAAGCAGAAUUCUCUGUCAGUCUGUGAGCUGUGUUUAAAACCAGCUUGAAUAUUAAACAACGAUUAAAAUAUAAAUAUUCUGCAUGGUACGAAUUUAGUAAGCUUGAAUAUACAGAAAUUUUUGUAUAAGGAGAAAUUGGUGGGGUAUUCUGCUUUUAACCCCCGAUAUUUUAAAGUUUGUUUGUCUUGUAUUGCGUAAAGGGUCGCUGUAAUUGGCGAAAGCUGUAGCGUGUACCCAGCCAUGUCAAUGUAUGUAUCGUUUAUGUUAAUGUAUGUAUAGCAAGGGAUUUUAAGUUGAUUUGGCAAAGCCUAAUAAAUAAAUAAAAAAAAUGCAACAGUGUAAAAAUGUAUUAGACUAUAGAAUGACAAGUGUUGUAUGGCAAAUGCAUGUUUAGCCAAUCUGGGACACCUGAUUUCGACAUGUUCUGGGGGAGCAUGGAUCACCCUAGUAAUGCCCCUAGUAAUGCCCCCUAGUAAUGCCCCCUAGUAAUGCCCCCCUAGUAAUGCCCCCUAGUAAUGCCCCCUAGUAGUGCCCUUUUUUGGCAUCUGUAUUUACCUUUGGAUCAGACCCUUUAUGCAUGUUAUCUAAAUUAGUUUUACUGUAUGUUAUAUUUAAGAUUCUCAGUGGACUGAAAUAAUUUUUUUCUGUAAAAUAUAGCAUGACAUCCAGUUUGACAACUUGUUAGUGUCACACAGUUGCAUUGUCCGAGUCUUGAUUUACUCAUAUGAUUUACUUGAUUAUUUGCAGAAAAUUUUCAAUGUUCCUUUGCUGUCCCAGAAAGUAAAAUAUUUUUUCCAUCCCUGGUGGUGGUGGUGUUUUCCUCAUAGUAGCAUUUAAUUAUCAUAUGCGUGAUAUUUGUUGUUGUGUUUUCAAACUCUUUAUUUAACUCGCCGUUCACUUUUGUUCUCUAGCCUGCUGACCCCGGCAGAGUAGUAAACAAAUUAAAGCAAGUCAGGGUAAGUGCACAAAUCAAUACUUUAAUUACGCAUUGCCUGCGGGCCAAUAAGCAUGGAGAAUGAAAUGUGAUUAAUUUUAGUCAAAUUAAUUAACAUGUAUAGAAUACAAUAUGUAUGAUUUCUUUUUAGGGGUACCUGAGGCAAGCUACCUCUCUUUACAUCACCUUGAGUAGUAAAUCUACCUCGCCUGAUGAAGCAACAGUAAGUUCUUUCUCUCACUAUAUGCCUUCAUGCCGACACACUACCAUCUUAGCUUGCUCUCCAGACUUCUAGACCAUGCAUGAUUUAACGUACUGCAUGCCCAUGACUGACUAAUACUAUAGAACUUGAUUGGGUUACCUUGAUUGAGUAUGGCAUCAUAGCCAGCUGCUAAGACUUACUUGUCAAUUUACAUUUUGACAUGAUCUAAAUAAUUAUACAGUAUAAUUUACAGAUUUCCCCGGCCACGACUGUUAAGUUUUGAAUCACUAGUUCAGUGCCUCCUUGGCAGUAAACUAAAGGAACAUUUAACAUCUUAUAAGCGAGCCUGCCUUUCAACUUAAAGUUUCGAGAGGAAUACCAGAUUUAUACACUGUAUGUGCAGGUACGGUCAAUCGUACAUUAGCAGCAAUGUCAACGUGAGCCAGUGAGGUUCCAGUAAUGAAAUCCAAGUACUGUACAGAACACCAACACAGGAUUUGUUUCGCAAAUUCGCACACGGAUUUAGAUACCUGCGAGGCAGGCUGUAUGUGUCCUCCAACAAAACCUCUGUGUUUCGAUCCAGUUUGAAUUUUGGCUGAGGUUCAGUUAAAGUUUGUGUUUUGGUUUGGUCGAGGAAAGCAUCAAGAAGCCUUCCUGCCCUUCCAAGUCAUCCAUGACUGCAGCACGUAGAAUUGAGCUGUUUAAUUAUAUAUUGACGAUACUUAAUCUACUUUUCUAAAGGACGAGGAUUUGGAACAAUUGGAGAAACUGGCCAAAUUAAUUAGGGAUCUUAAAGCUCAAGAAAAAGCUUACGUGGAUUUCGUGCAGAGGAGCAUUGUAAGUAUUAUCACCCUAUGCAUUGCAGGGCAUAUGAAAAUCAAAACUUCGUUGUCUCUAGCGUGGGAUUAAAACUCGCAUCUUCAGACUCCUACAGCAGACCAUGCACCGCCCUGUUAAAUUAAGCUUAACAUUUCUAUAGCGCACAUACAUGUGGAUAGGAUCAAAUGCGCUUUAUAUCUUACAUAUUACUGUUACCUAAUAUAACAUACAUACUUACAGUAGCCUAGACUAUUUUAGACAAUAAUUGUGAUCUUACUUUCUGAACUGUGUGUAGCCUAACCCACGUGAAUCUUAACCCACCCUGUCAACUUUCCCUGUGGGAGGAAACCGGAGCACCUGAGAAAACCCACAACUUUCAGCAGAGCGUUGACGGACUUAAUUCUGAUUUAGAAAACCUUAGAAAAUGGUUAAUUGCUAAUAAACUUAGCCUUAAUGUAGCCAAAACCGAAUUCAUGUUAAUUGGUUCAAAACAAAAGAUCCCUAAUUCUCUUCCGAAUAUUGUCACUGAAAAUAAACAAAUUAAACAAGUUUAUGAAUGCAAAACUCUUGGAGUAACAGUUGACCAGCAUUUAUCUUUGAAAAGUAAUACAGAAAAUAUUUGCAAAAAAAUAACAGCAGGAAUCUCUGCCAUCCGUCGAGUCAAACCUUUUGUUGACAAAGAAACACUUAUUUCCAUAUAUAACGCUAUUGUUCGCCCAUACUUCGAUUUCUGCUGUGAAGUAUGGGAUGUGUUUGGCGAAACACAAUCAAAACGACUUCAAAAACUUCAAAACAGAGCUGCUAGAAUUAUCUUGAAUAUGAGUAAUGACGUAAAUCAUUCUAUUGCUUUGUGUGAAUUGGGUUGGGAACCACUCAAAACAUUAAGGAAGAAAGCUAAAGCAAAAAUGAUGUACAAAGUAUUAAAUAAAAUGGGUCCCAAAUCACUCACAAAUCUAUUUUCUUAUAAAUGUGAGAAAACAAACUAUCACCUUCGGGACAUUUCAACUGGUCUUUGUUUACCAAAACCUCGUUCUAAUAACAUGAAAAAUAGUUUCAUGUACAACGGAGCUAAACUUUGGAAUUCUAUUCCAAAAGAAAUUAGGGAAAGCAAAUCACUUUCUUCCUUUCGAAAUAAAAUCGCUGCUCACAUUUAUGAAUAAGUAUUGUAAAUAAUGUGCCUGUAAAUAGUCUGCCAACUUUCUCAUUAGACAUUAAUAUGUUACUAUUUUAAUACUCAUUAAUAUGUUAUUCUAUAUCUCUUAAAACUUUUGUAAAUAGCUCUAACUAUCACUUUCCUGUACAUGUAAAAAUCUUAUUCAAUUUUUUGGCACACGCCCCUCGUGGAAAUCAGCUUCGGUUGACGGGGUCAGCGUGUAUAAAUAAAAGUUCUAUCUAUCUACCGGGUGUCCCAAAAAAAAGUACUCCGGUUUGAUUUAUAAUAAUUUCUAAACAAGUAAAGCUAUCAAACAGAAAUAACUUGCAUUAAAUAGAGGAAGGACUAACUUAGAUUUUGAUAUAUUACAGUUGCAUUUUACUUAAAAAUUCACGGAGAUAUUAAUGUUCAAAAUCGGGAGCAUAUUUUGGGAUGUGUCUAAAAUUAACGAAAAUCGGCGUAUCAAAUUUUAACUCUUAAUAACUCUUAUUUAACUCUUAAUUUAACCCUAAUAUCAGGGUAACUUGUAUUUCAGCGAAUUGUCGUUAGGGUUUGUAAGGGAUAUGGCGUAGAUUUAGACAUCUUACAUGUAAGUCUUAACUCAUUGUUUCCUGAAAUAUGAACGUUCGAAAUUAUGUAAGUAUUUAAUAGGUCUUUGCAAACUUAAGGUACUGAAAGACCAUGCAAGGCAGGCGCUUCAAUUUUUCUUAAAUAACCUAUUUUUUAUGUUUUUCAUGGGUUCAAAACAAAGUUGAUUAUUUCUCGGUUAGAGCAGGAUGAAUAUUGUUCUUUAAUGGAGGAAAUAAUAUUGCUUUUUGCAAAUACACAUCACAGUAUCAAAGCUACUAUUUUGUUACGUUUUGUUCCAAAAAUAUUGGAUGUCUCUGGCGAGUUGCUUGUUAUGUCUUUACUUAUGGAGUUGUAUGGUUUGAUUGUGUUUCAUUCUAAGUUUAUUCAGAAUUUGCCAAGAUUAAGAAAGGCAAAAGAGUUUGGGUGUUCUUAACAAGAUUUCAGAACGUUGCAGAAGUUAGAAAAUUCAUUCAAUGUGAAGUUAGAAAAUUCACAAUUCCAUUGUGACAGCGUGCCCUAAUUCAGAACUACGAACGAUCCAUGACGAUUCUUCGCGAUGCAGUGGUCUCAUGAAAUAAGGAAACGUAUUCGUGCUAGGAACACACGCGAAUUUCGGACGAAUAAAUCUUGCUUGUAUUUUGUAGAUAAUAAUACUUUGUUUCAUAAUAAACAAUUUGUCAAGUGUCAUUUAUUUACAGGUAAUAGUGCAUGUUUCAGUUGGGUAAAUCUUGAUUAAUAUUUGAUACGCUGUUUUUGGCAUAUUUCAGACACAUCCAGAAAUAUGCUCCCGAUUUUAAACAUUAAUAUCUCCGUGAAUUUUUAAGUGAAAUACAACUGUAAUAUAUCAAAAUCUAAGUUAGCCCUUCCUCUAUUUGAUGCAAGUUAUUUCUCUUUAAAAGCUUUACUUGUUUAGAAGUUAUUUCGAAUCAAACUGGAGUACUUUUUUUUGGGACACCCGGUACUCUUUUCACAUGAGUCCACAGCGAGAAUCGAACUCACGUUCUCAAAGUUGAAAGGCGCUUGCUCUGAUGACUACGCCUGCACCUAAGCCCCAUACUGCGAUUCGACGGGUAGAUUUUAUAACAAACGUACUUGCAGGGAGGUGAGUCCGGGAUUGGACGCACCGAGGGUGGCUGGAAGUUUCCCUAUUUUUAGUUGAUGAUGUCGACAGAUGAAUUUCUCUACCUUUCAAUUAUCAUUAAAGUGCAUCUGAAAUCGCAGCGUAUAAACGUAUACUAUAAAUGCACGGAUGGUUUUUUCUGUCGACUUAACAAUUGUCUUGCGUAACAACCACUUGUUUAUUCUAUGCACAUGCUUGCAAGUAUCGUGUGUGAAUUCAAAAUCUCGUAUGAAUAGUGCACUUCCCCCAGAAGGCACUUUUUGUUCUGAAAAGUUUUAUACAAGGCUUUUGCCUUUUGGUUUUGAGUUUACGUUUAUGCAUCCAUAGUUAAUAUAAGAGAUGGUUUGGAAACUCAUUAGAAUAACAAUAUACUGUAACUCAUUAUCUAUGUUAGUCGACGUUUAUUUAUAAAUCUAGUCCUUCACUGUCAUGUGCGUAUUGUAUUGUUGCCCAACUAACCAAUAGCAAUGCUUUAGUAAAAUUACCUAUCCGUGAUUCGAACAAUAGGGUAGAUUUUGCAAAAAUACAAUACACACGUGACGGUGAAGGACCAUAUUUAAGAAUAAACAUUGACUAACAUAGAUAAUGAGUUAUAUUAUUAUUCUUUAUUAAUGAGUUUCCGAACCAGCUAUUCUAUUAACUAUGAUGCAUCUUACUAUUUUACGGCAAACCUAAUAAAUACAGUACUAAUUAUAAUAUAUCACGUCUGGCCUUAAUACAAUGAUAUAGUAUUAGAUGCAUACCAGAAAAUUGAGAUGGAUAGGGAUUUAAUGAAAAAUAAGUAAAACGUCGACGUUUUGAGCGAAGGCCCUUCCUCGGGAAGUUAGUAGAAGGGCUUUCGUUCGAAAUGUCGAAAUUUUGCUUGUAUUUUUCAGGUAGUGUUUCUGGUACUACCUACACUGGCACAGAUCAUUCGUAUUAGAUAAAUACCACUUUUUAUAGUUGCUCAUGCAUACAGGUACUUUGUUAUACGAUUCAGAACUGAUGAGCAUAUGUACUAAAUCCAUACUGUUCAUUCGUAGGUUGGCUAUGGAGAGUCGUCAAUCGAUAACACACCAUCAACAAGUGUUGUUUCACUUGAUGGCGAUACCCAGGUAACUUUGUCACAUAGUUAAAUAUAAUGUUAACUCGAGAAGUAACCAAGCCGGUUAAUACGGUAGCUAGGUAAUCUUCCUAGUUCGAGAUAUCGUCACAUCAGCGAGGUAAUCUUCAGUUACGCUGUUGCGGUAUAUAUUAGAAAAUUUCGAUAUAUCGAUAUCGAAAAAUAAAUAUCGACUAUAUCGAAAAUAUGCAAAUUAGCAAAAUUACGAAAUGUAGUUUAGUCGAUAUACCGCAUCACAAAGAGCGAAAUAAAUGUAUACAAUAAAAAAAUCAAAUAUCAAUUAAAAAAAAUAAAAAAUAAAAAUCGAUAAUUUUAGAAUUUCGAUAAUUAUCGACUAUAUCGAUAUACCGCAACAGCCUAGAUCUUCCAUUAGCUCACCAAGUGCAUGUACCUGAGUAGUCGUGAAUUGUAGUCGUUUUUACCACCUUUUUGUCAGCUGGGCUAACAGAUUACUAUCUAAUAUAAUUCUUUCAAGAUUCCCUUAAUAAAGAUGUGUUGGGGUCCAUCAUGCACUUUUUACAAUAUAAAUAUUUUGGUAGAAUUGUUUUCUAAAUGAAACAGUUUCCAAAUUGCACAACUAAAUCCAUAGUAUAUAUAUCCAUACCAUUUCGAUACUAUAUCCAUAGUAUGGAAGUACAAUUAUUGAUAAUCAAAAUCCAUUCUAUUUCUAAUGAAGGUCCAUACAAUUUCCAUUUUAUGGUUUUUCAAAUUUUUCCAGUGUAUAUGGAAACAUUUCUCCUUCAAUGGACAUGCAUCAAUGAUAAUAUAUUGCAAUAUUGUUUCUCAUAUUUUAUAAGAACCCGCAUUUCUAUAAAAUGGGGAGCAGUACAUGCGUAUUUCAUAAACUAGACAUCUACUGUAUAUUUCAUACUCAUAUUUUUCAGGACGAGGCUGCAUCUGAACAGAGUGAAGACUUGGAAGGAUUACGACAACAGCAUACUUUAUUGCGACAAAUGGUUGAGCAACAGAAACAGGUGAAAAUUAUUACUAUUAAAACUAUAGAGAAAUUCAAAAUUCCAAUGGCAAUGCCUGCAUGUCAAUUAAAUAAUACCAAACUCUAAAAUAUACUACCAAACUAUCAGCCACUGUAUAUUCAGUUUGUACUGCAAGCCGCUCUAAAUAAUACCAAAGCGUCACUGUAUAUUGUAUCCUGUAUUACAAACAAAGUUUCUAGACCAACUGAUCAAGUAAAAAAUUCAAGUAUUAUAAUUUCAUAAGAUUAAAUAAGGUCAGUCAUGACUUGUACUUUGUUGGGUGUGCUAAGAUUCACUGAGAUUGCUUUCAGUUCACAAAUUUCCAUAACGCAUGAUACUGUCACUCAAAACUUAGAUAACUGUAAUAAAGCAGAACAUUUACCCUAUAAAAUUUCCUGAAAACUUCGUUGAAUACCUCUGCCUAGUACUGACAGCGAGGAAAUCACAUUAUACUGUACAGUAAUAUACUCAGGUGUCUUGUGCAAAUUGUGUACUGAAAUCGCUAAUUUUGCUUUGUGGUUGGCGUGGUUCGAUCAAAGAAUCGCCUCGUUGAACUAGAGGCUUAAUUCACAGCGUUUCAAAUUACUAUGCAGAAACUCUAGCUAGAAAACUCCCUUGAAGCCUCUGGAAUCCAGGGUAAGGGAAUAUUCACGGUGUAAAUUACAUUGCCAAAUACUAUAACGUUCGUUUUAAUACAGUUGAAGGAACUCCAAGACAGACAAAAUGCUUUGCUAGAUCUGCAGCGUCGUGCUGAAAAUCAGUUAAAAGAAGCUGAAGCAGAGGUACUUUAUAGUUAAUAUUCAUCGCCGCAGAAUGUGCAUUUAACGUACAGUUAAAAUAUCCCUAGUUUUGUUUAUCCGUAUUCACCAUACUGUAGUUUCACCGUUUCAUUAAAAUUGUGUAUUAAUUUAUGGUUGCAUGCUUGUUAAUUUUAACUUGCUUAUCGAUUUUUCUUUCCUGAAUAUUUUCUCUUGUUUCUAGGGAAGGCGUAUUUCAAGUCUGAUGACGAAUGGGCAAGCGAUCGAUAAUGGGAGUGUUAGUGAUAGGAGUAGAAGUGGCACUGAGAGAUCAGAUGAGUCCCGUUCUUCCCAGGUAAUUUACUGUUGAAAAUACGAUUAAAAUCAUUGAGUAUACCAUAGAUGUUUAUUGUGUAGAAAGAAAUGAAGAAAAGAAAGGACGGGAGGAAAGAACGUGAGAGUGAGGGAAUGUGA